UGCCGCGAAACUUCGAUCCUGAGCUACAUCCAUUGGAGACUACUCGCGAAUAUGUGCGGGCAUUGAAUGCCACCAAAUUGGAGCGUGUUUUCGCCAAACCAUUUGUUGGUAAUUUAAGCGGGCAUCGGGAUGGUGUUGCAUGCUUUGCAAAGCACCCUAAACAACUCUCAGUCCUUGCUACUGGCGCCUACGAUGGCGAAAUUAGAAUUUGGGAUUUAGCGAAUCGUACAAGUGUGCGAGAUUUCGUUGCCCACAAUGGUUUUGUUCGAGGUAUUGUGUACACUGUUCACGGAGAUCGUUUUUUCACAGUGGGUGAUGAUAAAACCAUUAAAGUAUGGAAAGCCAACCCCCCAGAUGUGGGUGAAGACGAAGAACCGGUUAAUACGAUUUUGUCACGUACAAUUCUCACAGGAAUAUCACAUCAUAGAAGUGAUCAAACUUACGCCACCUGUGGAGAAGUUUGUGCAAUUUGGGAUGAAAAUCGAAAUGAUCCGUUAAAAACGCUUCAGUGGGGUGUAGACACAUUGCAUGCAGUCGCUUUUAACCAGGUUGAGACGUCUCUAAUUUCGUGUUGUGCCAGCGAUAGAAGCAUAAUAUUGUAUGACCAGCGUGAAUCUCAGCCACUGAGGAAAAUAGUUUUGACUAUGAAAAGUAAUAAGCUUGCCUGGAAUCCAAUGGAAGCUUUUAAUUUCACAGUCGCAAAUGAGGAUUGCAAUCUUUAUACGUUCGACACCCGUCAGCUGCGCAACCCACUGAAAAUUCACUUUGAUCAUGUUUCUGCGGUAACAGAUGUUGACUACUCCCCUACUGGCAAAGAGUUCGUUUCGGGAAGCUAUGACAAAACAAUACGUAUAUACAAUGUGCACCACAGUCAUUCGCGCGAGAUUUAUCAUACCAAACGUAUGCAACAUGUUGUAUGCGUUGGUUGGUCUCUAGACAAUCGUUAUAUUUUCUCCGGGUCGGAUGAAAUGAACAUUAGAAUGUGGAAAUCGAAUGCAUCGGAAAAACUGGGCGUAAUAAGACCACGUGAGCGUGUUGCUUUCAAUUAUCAGGAGAAAUUAAAGGAAAAGUUUGCGGCUCAUCCUCAAAUAAAGCGUAUUGCACGGCAUCGUCAAGUGCCGAAACACGUGUUGAAUGCUCAACGCAAAAUGCGCGCUAUUAAGAACAAAGAGAAGGUGAAGGAAGCGAACGUUCGCAAACACUCAAAACCGGGAAAAGUGCCCUUCGUAUCAGAAAAGAAUAAGCAUGUAUUGCGAGAAGAAGAAUAAACGUCGAUAUUUGUAUUGUGCUAUUUGUUUUCCAUGGAUAAUGGCACAUACAAAGAUUUAAAUUGUAACUCACUUUAUAAACUCUGUUUUCGUAAUACAAAGAAAUAAAAAUAAUCUGUUAUUUAAAUAUAGCAUUAAACAUUCAUAAAUACA